AUGGCGUCCAAGAUGACUCCUCUGCUCUUCAGAACCGCCGUCCGGUCGGUUGCCAGAGCCCCCCGACCCCAGAUCCGCGCCUUCACAGCUGCCAGCGCCAGGAGGAGCGAUACUCUCUCCGUCCACCGCAACACUCCCGACAACAACCCAGACAUUCCCUUCAAGUUCACCCCUCAGAAUGAGGCCAUAAUUGCCGAGAUCAUCAAGCGGUAUCCCCCGCAGUACAAGAAGGCAGCCGUCAUGCCCGUGCUCGACCUCGGACAGCGCCAGCACGGUUUCACAUCCAUCAGCGUCAUGAACGAGGUUGCUCGCAUCCUCGAGAUGCCCCCGUCCCGAGUCUACGAGGUCGCUUCCUUUUAUACCAUGUACAACCGGACACCGGUUGGCAAGUUCCACGUUCAAGCUUGCACAACUACGCCUUGCCAACUGGGAGGUUGCGGCAGCGAUGCCAUUGUCAAGACGAUCAAGGAGGAGCUCGGCAUUAAGCAGGGCGAGACAACUCAGGACGGCCUCUUCACCUUUAUCGAGGUCGAGUGUCUGGGCGCCUGCGUCAACGCCCCCAUGGUGCAGAUCAACGACGACUUUUACGAGGACCUGACCCCCGAAACGACCCGGACGCUCAUUAGAGCGCUCAAGGAGGCCGGAACCUCGUCCGCCGCCGCCGCAAAGGUGCCCGCCCCUGGUCCCCUGAGCGGUAGACAGACUUGUGAGAACAGCCAAGGACAAACCAACUUGCAUGAUGAGCCCUGGGGUAUCGAGACUACCCGGGCGGAUUUGUAA